GCAGUAGUAGGUACUUGGUAUACAGUAAUAAAGAUAAGUAGUUCGUAAAAACUUUGUAGAGUCCAGAACAGCCAAUCUGCUUUGAGGAACUCAGUCCCAACACGCCAUGAAAAAACGUUUAGUCGGUGUAGCGCUAGCGCGUUCCUUACCUGUAGAUCUACUGCAUGUCUUUAGACGUUUUGUGUGAAGUGACCCGUCAGGGCAGUGACGGCACGUAGCUUCAUGGAGUUGUUCCGGAGCAACUAAAAGCACGGUAGUCUGUUUUCAGAAGUACCAUGAUUGUAGAAUAUUUUCAGCGUGCCACGUGGCCGGGAACACAUGCUGUCUUACUUGCACUCGGAAAUUGAGCGCUCCCUGCAGUGUCCCUGAUCCAUAAGUACGGGCAACCGGCACUCCGCAGCGGCUGAUCCCGCACCGCUUCCAGCUCGUUCACAUACCGGUAUCCGAUCAGUUCAGCUUCUUGUAUUUAGGCGCAAUCGGUGGAUACCAUGUGCACAGUAGCACAAGCCCUACCAUGACAUCAAACAUGGUUGCUGGUGAUGAUGAUGAUGAUGACCGCACUCCCGGCAGCAGUACUCUGCUUUCUACUCACACCAGUGACCGUGACCGCAACCGUGACCGCGAUACCCGUAGCACAGAUGAGAAGGCAGCCGACAGGUCAGUAACGGAACAGUUCUCUAGGUUUCACCGUGCCGUUAUCAUGCUGUCGGUUUGCCUGGCACUGGGCUGUGCACCGAUGAACAUCACCACAAUCCGACCGUUCUUUUUCACCGAUGCCCUGGCAAAGAACCCGACAGGCGGUGUGGAAUACCACACUGCGGUCGGCGGUGUGUUCAGCGUGUCGGCUGUGGCGGGUCUUAUAAGUUCACCGUGGGUUAUCUAUGAUCUGCCGAAUAUCGGCAGUAAGCAGCUAAUGGUGCUGGGUCUGGCAUUGCAGGGCUCAACCGCCGUCCUGUUCUCUGCGCUGGAUCGCAUCGCAGACUGGAGAGUGUUUCUAGCAUAUUCUUACAUACUUCAGUUUAUCCAAGGCAGCGCAUUCAUUGCUAUAACUAUUCCCGGCAUGACCUACCUGACUAGAAUGUACCCGGAAAGCUUAGGUUUCGUGAGCAGCUCUACGCUGUCAAGUCUGGCAACGGGGCACUCUGUCGGUAACGUACUCUCCGGUGGAUUAUAUGAUAUAGGUGGUUUUAUGUUACCGUUCAUUGUGAUCGGCUCAAUCAGCGUGCUGAUGUCUCUUUGUGUUGGGCUCGUUGUUGUGGAUAUUGAAAAGUUGACUGCUCAACACACUGGUGUCAUGGAGAAGCAUAUUGGAAUGUUUUCAAUACUGCGACUUCCAUGGAUUUGGUUUCUGAUUGGCCUCACAGUUGCGACUAACAUUGCUGGCAGUGCGUGUGAGGCUACUCUAUCGGUGCACGUCAAGGCUGAGUUUGACGUAGGCUCUGUUGUGCCUGGUUCUGCGCUGGCAUUGCUGAUUGUGCUUAAUGCUCCGCUUGCACCGCUAGUUGGAUACCUGCUGGAUCGCAGUGUCAGCGGCUAUGUGUUGAUCCUGUUUGGCUUGGCCUUGAUCUCACUCGGCUGUUUCCUGGUAGGACCUUCGGCGCUCACCCACUUGUCCCAAUCGUUGGCAUUGGUGUUUGUGUCGAUGCUACCUCUCAGUAUUGGUCAUGUCCUGAUGAGCGUGUCGUGCCCGUUUGUAAUCUCCCAUUACUUGCGGGACAUCGGCGUGGGUACCGUACCGGAAACACGUGUGGCAGUCGUCGGACUUGUUCGCGUACUGUUCUGCAGUGGCUUCAUCAUCGGCCCUCUUGUAACCAGCCCCCUGGUGGCAGCCCUGGACUUUCAAGCCGCAUUCACCAUACUGGCAUUUGUCUACGUUGGCCUUGUAGGGAUUUUAGUCGUACUAAAAUGGGGUGGACAUAUUGUUUUAACCGUGAGAGCAUUUUUCAAGAAACGUAGUAUGGAUGCUCAGACACCUGAUACUGACAGCAGCGAAACCAAUCGGGAAACAGAGCUGCUGCCGCUCAGUCGCUGAGCUCUUGCCAUUAGCACUGUUCCAUGCUAUUCUCCUAUUGACAAACAUGGCGGUUCGAAACAGCUUGAUAGUGAGUCCAAGGUAUGGACAGUUCAUGAUCCUCCACCAUAGCAAAGCCCUGGCAAUCUUGACUCUUGAGUAUGAAGAAUCUGGUAAUAUGGUACAUUGUAUCUACAUGACCAUAAUAAUAAUUAUUAUACUGACGUUAAUUUUGUCAAGACGCUCAAGUAUUAUAUCGUGGGCAUUUCCUUUUGUUGUACAUCCCUGAUGAGUGGGCUGAGCCCGGAAAUAUUCAUGAUCAUUAUUUUUUUACAUGCAUUUCAACCUGUCUGGCUUCUGUGUUAGAAAGCUGUGCCUCCAGAUAUGCUGCACUGUGCAUGCAGUGGAAGAAAUAAAAAUUAUCCGUUAAAUUAAA